AUGCCAGGAGCAAAUCUUAAUCCGUUGAACACCCAUAUGGGCAAUGAGGUAGAGUCUCAUGAGCCUCAAGUUUCUAUCCAAGUAUCACCUCAGGAGGCUCUCUUCGACACGCCGUUCGAGCUGGAACAGAUAGUUCAACCCGACGCUAUGGAGAUCGAGGUUGUCAUUAACAACUCUUAUUUCACAACUUUGCAGAUCCAUCCUCUUCUAGAUGGAGGCCUGUUGUCGCCCACAGGCGUGUCUGUUGCCCUUCCGCCUGAGACACGACGAGGUGUCUUAUUGAACCUACUCGGGCCAAUAUCGGAUCAUCAGCUUGCGGGAAAUGUUUCUGUCGUCACAAACAAGCUUCGAAGAUCCAUACCUGAGAGAUGUGAAGGGGAGCUAUCCCACAAGAUUGCUCACAUCCUUGACUCCCGGUCGACUAGUCCCUCCAGUCUGUCCGCCAUCUUCAGCCUCGCAGCGUAUUUUGCAUCCAACAACAAACUCGAGCACACCCGAAUGGAUACCUUUCUUAAGUGGGUUAUUGACCAAAAAUACACCGAACACUUAGAGCGAUUCCUCCGAAUCAACACACCAACAAUCCAUGCGUUUGCCACUCAGAUUCUGAAGUCUGCUGUUCGUGUUCAGAACGUCAAGUUUCUGACAGCACUGAUGGAUCUUGGCGUCAAAUUUGACAGCAUCUUGGAUAAAAUACUACAAAUUGGCGACAUGGACUUCAUGAAACUAGCUCUCUCAAGCGUUAGUCCGACUUGCUUCGAUGGGCAAAGAGGGGUUGACCUAUUCCAUCUUUGUGUUGAAGGGAACCAUUUCGAUCUUGCUCGGAUGCUUGCUACAAAAGGAGCAAACAUGAACGGAGAGAGAUUCAGACGAACUCCUCUCUAUUCGGCAGUAAGCCGCGAAGACGUCCAUGCGGUUACGUUUCUGCUCGAAUUGGGUGCCGAUGUUAACAAGGGAUCUUUCUCAUAUGGUGGAGACCAUGAAGUCCCGCUUGCGAAAGCGGUUUUGUCGAAAGAGUCAGAUAUUGUGGCCGUCCUCCUGAAACACGAUGCAAACACUUCAUGUAAAGUGGAAAAGCAGGACAUCAUGCAAUGGUCUUCGUUGAACUGCAGAAACAUCUACAGGCUUCUGCAGGAACACAUCGGAGCCAUCGAUGUAGGCUUCACAAUUGAGGACUUGGUCGAUGCUGCAAAUGAGGGCAACGACUCCCUCAAUGCCUAUCUACAAAGGCAGCGAAGAACGGUUUCAAAGCAACAGCUCGAGCAAGCGUUGAGUGAAUCCAUCCGGCUAGGGUAUAUCGCGGCCACUACCGCGUUGCUGAAACACGGAGUUAGCCCCAAUUGCCCCUGUUUGGAUAGCCCACCUCUUCGAACCGCUCUGCAGUCACAAAAGCAAUCUCGCAGGGUUUGUGAGCUUUUGAUCAAGUACAAAGCGGACGUUAACGGGGAUGGUAUUCUCAAAACCGUUGUUUAUAAGAAUGACUCUAAGCUCCUGCAAAUCUUCAUCGAGGCUGGCGUGAAUCUCGAAGAGCAAGGCAUGGAAGCUCUGGUCGAAGCAGCAAAACUUGGCUAUACAUCUUUGGCAGCCUUCCUGCUUCACUUUGGAGUAGAUGUCAACACUCCUGGGCUCGAAGAGAAUCCUCUUCAAGCGGCGGCCAGGAUGGGAGAGUUGGAAAUGCUUGGGUUCCUUCUCGAUCAUGGAGCGGAUCCAAAUGCACCGGCAUAUCUGAAUUAUGGCCGUACCGCACUUCAAGCAGCAUUGGAUAGCAAGACUCCUGAAACUGCGUGGCUUUUGCUAGACAGAGGGGCUGACAUCUCCGCUCCACCCGCCCUAGUGGGUGGGCUAACGGCCCUCGAGGCUGCUUGCCAUAACUGCUUUGAUCUUCCAGAAGACCAACUUCUGGGUCUGUGCAAUUAUCUUCUGGAUUCCAAUGCUCCAGUUAAUCGGCCGAACGGAAAGCCAAGUUCAGCACUUCAUGGCGCGAUGGACAGCAGGUGGGAGGGGAUUCUGGCUCGCAUGCUCGAGCCUCAGCGCAAUGCAAUCAUCAACCAUAUGUGGUGUGAUCAGACAAUCGAGGAGGAUGAGUAUUAUAUCUGGGAGCCUAGGACGCCGACUCAGCUAGCAGCAGAAUACGGAAACUUGAAAGCUGUCAAGAUGCUAGUUGGCCGUGGGGCCGACAUCAAUGAGGCGCCAGCGUAUCGAUUUGGGCGGACCGCACUCCAAGCGGCCACUUCCAGAGAUGAACCGGACAUGGACCUAGUCCAGUUCCUUCUCGACAACGGCGCUGACGUCAAUGCUAAGCCCUCCGUUUAUGGCGGGAUCACGGCUCUUCAAGGAUCUGCCAUAUCUGGCGAUAUAAUGCUCGCUAAACGACUUAUUGACAACGACGCCGAUGUCAAUGGAGCCCCUUCCUACGUUGAGGGGCGGUACGCUAUCGAGGGAGCUGCUGAGCAUGGUCGCUUGGAUAUGGUCCAGUUCCUGCUGAAUGCUGGGGCAAGGGGCAAUAUGUUGAAUGGAACGGGCUUCAAACGCGCCAUUGAACUCGCGACGAAGAAUGAACAUUUUGCAAUUGCAAACCUGUUGAAAAACGUACCCACAGCCGAGGCUUGA